UUCCGUUCAGUCAACUAAUAUGGCAUCUGCAAACGACUACAAGAUAACUCGGGAAGAAGCCCUGUCUUUCCUACAAGAUGUCUUGAAUCUUGAGUCCGCAUUAUCAAAGCUCAAGACAGAUAAGAUCGCUUUCCUCAACGAAUUCAUCAAAGCUUUCUCGCAUCACGUCCCUUACCAGACUGUCAAAGCUCUUUCAACUCCUCCGGAUGCUCGGAGUUUACCAACAUCAGCCGACAUCAAGAAGAGUGUCACUUCUAAAGAAGGAGGGCUCUGUUAUCAACUCAACCUUUUCGCUUGGAUGCUGCUUUGCGCUCUAGAAUUCGAAGCCCAUCUCGUUUCUGGCGACUGUCUCGUCUACAAUGACAUACACGUCGUUGUAAUCAUUGACAAUAUCAUUAAGCAAGGUUCUCGGCACAUUUUUGAUGUCGGAAUGGGUUAUCCUAUACUUCGCUUGGUCCCGCUUGAUUUCGAGCACCAUUCGCCCGUGUAUAUCGAUUCCAACACACGGUAUCGAUUCGUACGUCAAGGUCACGUGAUCAUUUAUCAGCUUUGCAAAGAAACCCACCAAUCAGAAGCGAUCUCUCACCGUGAAUACAUCCAAGAUGGCUGGAUUUCAUUCAUCCGCAUUCACGUUGACCAAUCAGUUUCCGUGUCUCAUUUUGACAACAGGAUGACAAAGGUCUUCACGGAGAUAGAUCCGGAUCUUUAUUUCCUCACCAGCUUGCGUUGCCUGGCCUUCCCCAAUGGUCGGCUCGUGUGCAUCAAAGAUGUCAAAAUGUUGCUAGAGGACGAAGACCGGCAGGUACAGGUCACGCGGUUCCGGUCACGUGAUGAGGUUCUGGAUGCUUUUUCCCGCCAUUUCCCCCAGUUUCCCAGUGUCAUGGUGAAUGGUGCCAUGGAUAAUGUGAAUAUCCAGUUCAAUAGCAAUUAAAUUCUAAUCGAACAUAUCUUUAUCAAGUCAUCGAUUACAUUUAUUCAAUUACAUUCUCGUCACGUGACCGGAAGCGCGAAAAAAUGAAUGAUCGGCAAAUCAUAAUUUAAAAAUUAUGAUCGGUUGAUAGACUAGACCAAUUAUUCAUUUUUUGGGGUUUCUUGUUUCAUUUUGAGAUUCUGAAUGCCUUUUCUUGCAGGGGUAAUGUAAAUUUCCAGUUCAAUAUCAAAAUUGUAAUUGAAGAUGUAUUCAAUUUAACCGGUCGUUCAUUGUGAACGUAUAGAUCAAAUUAAAUUGAUGAGUCAAAUAUCACAAUUCAUUUUCUUUAAAAGCCUUACAAUCAUUGGGCUAAAUUACCCUUAAAAUUCAUCACAACCGACUGUAAAAUGUACAACUUUAUAUCUUUUUAAUAGGCCCGAGGCACAUAAAGUUGA